AUGAGUUGGAAGGGUACCUGGCGACACAUGCUCCGCUCCAGCGUUUUGACGCGGCCCAGCCAGCGCGGCAUCGUGUACAUCAGCUCUUCAUCAGACACCCACAUGGGAACUGUGACUGACAGAGACGCAGUACUGUUACUGGGAGUGGACGUGGAUCCAUCACAGAGGUGUGAAUCAACCAAGGAUGGGAAGAAAGAAAAAAAAGUGUGA